CCUCCUUUGGGAAUGAGGAAGUGAAGGCUGAGGCACAGACGGCACCUAUUUUCCUCGUAACACUUGAACAGGAGAAAAUGGCAUCAAAGUUCGAAGAGGAUCUUACCUGUCCUGUGUGCUGUGACAUCUACAAGGAUCCUGUCAUACUGACGUGUGCUCACAGUGUGUGUAAGGCCUGUCUGCAGCAGUUCUGGGAGACGAAGGGAUCCAGAGAAUGUCCCUACUGCAGGAGGAAAUGCUCAAAAGAUUUUUUUCCACCCAACAUGGCGUUAAGGAACCUGUGUGAGACCUUCCUACAGGAGAGGAGUCAGAGAGCUUCAGCAGGGUCUGAGGUGCUCUGCAGUCUGCACAGUGAGAAACUCAAGCUCUUCUGUCUAGAUGAUAAAGAAACUGUGUGCUGGGUUUGUCGAGACUCAGUGAAACACAAAAAUCACAACAUUAGACCCAUAGAUGAAGCAGCACCUGAACGCAGGGAUGAGAUCAAGAUCAAGAUCAAGCCCUUAAAGGAGAAGCUGAAGACAUUUGAAGAAGUUAAACUCCUCUGUGAUAAAACAACAGCUCACAUUAAGACUCAAGUUCAUAACACAGAGAAGCAGAUCAAGGAGGAGUUUGAGAAGCUUCAUCAGUUUCUACGAGAUGAAGAGGUAGCCAGGAUAUCUGCACUGAGGGAGGAAGAGGAGCAGAAGAGUCAGAUGAUGAAGGAGAAGAUUGAGAAGAUGAGCAGAGAGAUCUCAUCUCUUUCAGAAUCAAGCAAAGUCAUAGAGGACGAGAUGGAAGCUGAUGAUGUCACAUUCCUGCAGAACUACAAGAGCACAGUGAAAAGAGCCCAGUGCACACUGCAGGAUCCAGAGAAGCUUUCAGGAGCUCUGAUCAAUGUGGCAAAGCACCUGGGCAACUUGAAGUUCAGAGUCUGGGAGAAAAUGCAGGAGAUUGUUCAAUUCACUCCUGUUACUCUGGACCCCAACACUGCAUACCCACUACUGAUCCUGUCUGAGGAUCUGACCAGUGUGAGGCGUGGUGGUGAGAGACAGCAGCUGCCUGAUAAUCCAGAGAGAUUUGAUAGGUAUUGCUGUGUACUGGGCUCUGAGGGCUUUAACUCAGGGGCACACUGCUGGGAUGUGGAGGUUGGGGACAACACAUGGUGGGAUGUGGGUGUGAUGGCAGAGUCUCUCCAGAGGAAGGGAGACUUCACAUCCUUGAGUGGGCGGUGGUAUGUGUAUUAUUAUGAUGGUAAAUAUGGAGAGUAUGCCCCACCACAGCCCUCCACUCUUCUCACAGUGAAGCAGAAACUCCAGAGGAUCAGAGUGCAGCUGGACUGGGACAGAGGAAAGCUGUCAUUCUCUGAUCCUGAUAAUAACACACAUUUACACACCUUCACACACACUUUCACUGAGAGAUUGUUUCCAUAUUUUUAUACUAUUUCUAAAGUAUUUCCUCUGAGGAUGCUACCAGUGAAGACCUCGUCAUCAGGUAAACUUAGCGUCAACAUUUGAAACAAAAGUGUGUGAGCACGUUCAUGUUAGGGUUUGUAUGAGGAUAUGUGUGCAUCUACAUGCAUGCACGUUCACUAUUUGUUGAUGUAAGACUUGUGCUGAUAUUGUCAUGCUGUGUCAUGUUAUAGGCCUUUAUAAUUGUUGUACACAAUGGCAUAAUGAUCUGGGCCACCAAUACAGGCUCAGACAUUAGUGAAAGCUUACAGGCCAAGUUGACAAUUUUUUAUGACAAGAAUGUAUUUGAUUCUGAAAAACAUUUUUUUUUGUUAAAAUUACACUUUGUCUUUAAUUUCUGAUUGCAUCUUUCAUUGA